AUGUCUUUCAUAACAAAACGGGAGCGUGUUUUCAACGAAUAUGACUUGUUCGAUUUACCACCGAGAAAUGAAGGGAAACUCAAGGCUUACGCGUCGUGUACGGACGCGAGGGCCUGGUCACACUUCUGUUCAGACAAAACGGAACACUUGGUGGAGAUCAUUAAAAGGAACAACGAUAUCUGCCGGCCGAAGUAUUUGCCCACCGAUGUCAUAGUGCAGACUCUGAUGGCGGCCAAGAACGCGGAAAUAUCCAGGCUGAAACGGAAGAUUCAUGAAUUUGAACAAAUUUUGGCGACGUACGACCAGCUUGAGCUGACGUGCGAACAAAAAUGCGAAAUAGCUAAUGCCGUAAGUAAAAAUAAAAAUCAGAUAUUGGAAUAUUUCACUAUCCUCAGCCUAAUAAUGUCCCAAUUCUAGGACUCAGGCCGUCCUUGUAGAUGAAAUUGAAUCAAAUCAAUCAGGGAAAAUGGGCUAUGUCCUGUAUGUAAUGCAGGCUCAGUGUGGAUUGGUGGGUGUGUAUUAACGACUACAGAUGCAGCUAGGACGAACGGCUUAACGUGCCUUCUAAAGCACGAAGAAGCUCGACAUAAUAAAUUAUUGGUUCACCCAUCCGUUGAACGGCCAUUUUGAAAGUUGCUUAACAACAUAUCGCAGACCGAGUAAGCUUACCACUGUACCAUCACAAUAUUUGUGUAACUAUUAUUACUUUUUGAUUCACAGCAUGCAGCUAUAAAAGCGGCAAACAAAGAGUUGGACGAUUUGGGUAUGGAUUCAGACGCAUUUGAGAGCGUGAAAUCCCGUGGAGAUGAAUGGAAUUUCGAAACGGAACCUCCCAAAACCGAGACGAAGGCUAAUCAAACCGGAUUGGAAAUGCAGGACAUUAUUAUCAGCAAAGAUGCAAAAUUAGGCGCGAUGCGUAACACAAUAGCGGUCAUGGAAAAUGAUGUUUGUGAGCCUUACUGCAUAUAUGCCCAUAUAUACACAGCCUUAGAGAAAAUAUUUGGAGUUUUGUGUCAAAAUGACAAAUACAAACUGUAUUUGAAUCUUAUGACCGCAGGUAAAGACAUUCGGUGUAUUGAUAUAAAAGGAAAAAUUUUAUUCAAAUUGAAGAUUCUAGAAAAAUUUAGCCAAGCUCUUAUUGCACCUUGCUCACAACAAGACGUAAGCAGCUCAUCCUUAGACUGUGCUUGUUUACGUGCUGAAGUGAUAGCGCGUUUCGAUUAUCCACCAUUAGCUACAGAAAGCAAACAACCAAGCUUAGAUAAUAAAAGGGCACAACUUGCUGCUGAUAUAAUGGCUAAUGAUGAAAUAAAAGAAAUCUUAAGUAAGGAAAGUUUUUCAGAAAAGAAUGAUGACGAAAUAAUUGAUGAUGUUAUUGAUGAUUACAGUAUAGAUUCAGAGAAUUUAAAACGCUUAAAAAGCUUGCAAGAAAGUUAUGAUGAGUUGAUGACUUGCUAUGAAAGAAUCAAAUACGAGAAGGAUUGUUUGCAAAUCCGCUGUAGUAAAUAUGAAGAAUUAGAAAAAGAAUACGAAAAUCUGAAAGGUCAAUUAAGAGAAUAUCAUUCUUUAUGGAACGAGAAAGAACAUUAUCGGAAACGUUCGUUAGAUAUAGAUUCGUUAAAAGAACAGUAUUUAGUAUUGGCUGAUGAAACUUCAAAUUUAGAAACACAGUUAAAAGCUGAAUCAGAAAUAAACUUAAUAAAAACAAAUACCAUUGAAGAUCUUCGAAAUGAAAAUAUUACAUUAGAGAAAAAAUUAAAUGAUGCCCUUAUUGCUUUCGAAAAAGAAAAAAAUACAUUUCAGUGUAAAUUAAAGGAAACAGAAUGUACGGUAAUGUGUCAAGAACAACAAAUAAAGAGUUUAUCUAGUCAAAUUGAUAGACUUCUUGAACAAGGUCAUGAUAAGAUUUUUUCUGCUGAUGAUCCAACCAAUUCUUUAGUCCUCAUUGAAGAAAUAGAAACACUCAAAGAACAGAUAAAUAACCUCAAAGAUACAUUGUUUUAUAGCGAAGAGGAAAAACAACAAGUUAAAAAUGAACUUCGUUUAAUUAACAACCAUAGAAUAGAACUGGAAGACUGGAAAAAUACCUUUGAAAAAGAAAUACAAAAAUUAAUAGAAGAAAAUCAAGCAUUACGUCAAGAUGUGAAAGAAAAAUCUAAGGCUAUAGAGAAUUUAAGAAAUAUAGUUGAUAGGAGGGCACAAGAAAUAGGUUUAUUGGUAGACGAAUUGGAAAAAAAAGACAGUGAAAAGAAAGUUGUGUCCAAACGAUACCAGGAUUUACGUAAUAUGUUCGAACAUAGCAUCACAGAAACAGAAAAUGAGAAAUUAAGAGCUUUACAGUCAUUAAACUUAGUACGGCGUGAAAGCCAAGAAUUACUUAAUAAAAUCAAUGAACAUAAUUUGAUUCCCAAAAACGGAGAAACGUCAGUGGAAAUCAAAUUGAAAGAUUCUUACAAAAUAGAAAACAAAGAAAUACCGCACCAGCAUCCGGAUAAUGAUACUAUUCUCCUUAAUGAAAUACAGCAACUUAGAGAAGUAAAUACACUUGCUAUUUGCAGUAUUGACAAUUUACAACAAGAAAGAAAUAGAUACAAAACUUCAUUAGAACUUACAAAAAAGAAAAGUGAUAUUAUGGAAAAUCAAUUGAAAGAAUUUGAAAGUGUAAAAGAAGAAAUGGAAUCUUUAAAAUUUGCACAUGAUAACGUUACAAAGAUGAAAGAUGAAUUAGAAAAUGAUCUUGAAGAAAAGAAAGCUGAACUCGAGACAGCUCUAAAAUCCAUACAGCUUUGUAAAAAGGAAAGUGAUGAAUUAAUCAAGAAAUUGGACAACUUUAAAAGCCUAGAAGAAGAAUUUGACAAAUUAAAUAAUACUUACAAACAAUUAAUGACAGAAAAAGAGAGAUUACAUUAUGAUCUAUUAGAAAAAAGCAAGGAGUCUGAUAAACUAAACGUUGCUUACGAACGACUAAUGACAGAAAAAGAAGGAAUACAUUAUGCUUUAUUAGAAAAAAGCAAAGAAAAUGAAAAUUUCUUACAAACUUUAAAAACACAAAGUGAGGACUUGAAAGAAGCUUCGGAAAAGCUAAAAAGCUUAGAAAAUGAGCUCUGUAAGCUAAGGAUAGAUAAUGAGAUAUUAAGAAAAGAAAACAAUACUUUACAGAAAGAGCUGAAUAAUAAAGCCAAAGAAAUAAAUAAUUUAAAUAAUACAUUAGAAACAAAUUUGAAAGAACAUCUUUAUUUAACACAAAAAGUACAAAUAUUAGAAUACAAUCAAAAAGCUGCGAAUGAAAAUAUAAUAGCAUUACAAAAUGAAAAUGCUAUAUCUCAAACCACUUUGAACGGAAUAAGGCAAGAAAGUAUAAUACUUAUUGACAAACUUAAACACUUAGAAGCAUUGGAAAAUGAAUAUGAAACGCUAAGAAUGCAUAACGAGUCCAUGCAAGAUGAAUUAAAUCGUCUAAGUACGACUAUAGAAACAAUUAAAAAAGAAAACAAUAAUUUAUACAAAGAAAAUCAAGAUUUGCAAACCGUUAAUAAAGAUAUAGAACAAGCUUUGAUUGACGCAAGAAACCAGCUUUUAGAGAACCCGGAAAGCCCACGACUCAGCUCUAGAGACGUUUUGAUGGAAUUGGAAAAUUUGAAGGAAGAAAAAUGUCGUAGUCAAAAUAAAAUCAAAGAUCUACUCAUAAAGCUAGAUGAAUCGGAUAAUGUUAUUUCGGAAUUACGUGAACAAUUACUGGCACGUGACGACAAUACUGCUAUAUUACAAAAUCACAUCAAUGAACUUGAAGAUGAAAUCAGAAAACUACAUGAGAAUCUAGUAAAAGUCAUUGAAGCUUCGGAGUGUAUAAGCACUUACAAUUCGAAAGCAGCACACAAUAUACAGAUGGAAUUAGCAAAACUACAAAACAAAAAUUUUAAAUUAGAGGAACAAUUGUCGGCAACAAAACUAAAAACUGAAGAAUCUAAACAGGAUAAAAAUAAAUAUUUAUCGCAAGUUAAACGUCUUGAAGACGAAAGAGAAAUAAUUGUAACUGAUAUUAAACAAUUGGAAAUGAGCAGUGUAGGGGAUAGUAUUUUAUCACCACAAAAAUGCAGUGUGGAGGAUGUUCUAUCUUCAUUGGAUCGUAUUCGUAAAAGUAUACAUGCAAAAAGUUCAUCUUUAGAACAAACUAUACAUAAAGUGCAAACAUCAUCACAGAUCGUUUUGACAAAAGCUGAUGAAGCCAAAAUAAUUGUCGAGAAAGAAAAACAAAAAAUCAUAAUGGAAAAAGAGGAAGCAAUACGAGAAAAAAUUAAUAUGGAAAAUAAAUUAUCAGAACUUAGAAAAAAAUUAGAAAACCAAAUGUACCACGAUCAAGAAGUAAUCAAAGAUUUAGAAGCGAAUAUUCAAAACCAACAAUUAAUAGCUAAUAAUUCAAUUUCGAAAUUGAAAACAGAAUUGCAAAAUCUUCAAUUUAAAUAUGAUAAUUCGUUGUUAGAAAUAAUAGGAUUACAGGAAAAAUUGAGAAAUUUAUCAGAUGAAUGUAAAAAAUAUAUAGGAGACAAUGAUACAUUAAAGAAAGAGUUGAUAUGUAAAACGGAUAACAUGACAAAAUUGCAAAAUGAAAUUAAUGAUUUGAAAAAUAAAAAUCUAAAAGAUAUUUCGGUUCAAGUAGAUAUACCUCUCCAAAGAAACGUGUCAUCUCAAACUGAGACUCAUCUAAUCGAACAUUAUCUGUCCUUAUCAGUGCUAGACUCAGGUAAAAAAAGUAACAAAAAUGAUAUCAAGAAUAAUUUUGAUGAUAUACCUUCAGCAAAUAUUUUGCAAACCAAUAGACCAAUGGAAAGUUCUAAAGUUUUAAAUUUAUUACCGAAUCGAAAACCGCACUCUUUGAAUGAAGUACAAAUAUUGACUGCCAAUGUUGAACCCACUUUUGAUUUUAAAAGAAGUAGUUAUUUAAAUUAUAAAAUGCAACAAUUAAGCCCUGGUAAACUUGAACAAUACUCCAUCUUAGAUGAUCAAUCAGAUGAGGAAAAUUCUAAAGAAAAGAACGACUUUCAUUUAGUUAAUAUUAAUAGUAAUAACUCCAAAACUUCACAUAAGAUACGUAAAGUAAACGAUCAGCAAAAAAAGUCUAGUUCGAAUAUUAGACUUGACUUAACAAAUGAUGGCGUAAAGUCCGAGAAAAUAACUUAUGGCCAACCUAAAUUUCAUAAGGAAAAUACACCAUCAAAACGACAGAAUCAUAGUGAUUUACUAAUUACCAUGAAUGAACCUGAGUUAAAAGAUUUAAAUAAUAUAUUGCAAGAGAUAAAUAUUCCUGGGUCAUCAACAGAUCACCAACAAAAAAUAAAUAUAAAUGUUUCAGGACAAAAAAGCUUGAAAGACAGUCAUUCUAAAAAUAACAAAAAUUUCACACCCUUGGAAGAUGACGAAUACGAUGAUGAUGAUAGUGUUAAACCCAAAUUAAAAAUAAACGUACCAAGAGUGAAUAAUGAAAGUCCCUCUACCAUGAUGACAUCAUCUGAUGGUGAAAAAAUAUCUGUAGGAUCUGAUAUUUUAGAUAUCUACUCGUCGCCAAGGCAAAGCUCAUUAACAAAUACUAAGUUAGUCACUGAAACAGAAAUGACUAUAAUUAAACAUGAAAGUCCAUCUUUACCGACAUUAUCAACUGAAGAAGAUCAGUUAGGUUCAUUUUAUUCAAUGGGAAUUACAUCAGAACAAGAAGACGAUAACAAUCAAGAAGAUAAAAUAAGAAACCAAUUAAGGAACCAAAUUUUCGGACUUACAAACCGUGACAAAAAUUUAAGUGACGAUGAUCUUGAACUUAUCCGCCGCAACAACAGAAUUGCAAAUAAUCAAAAUAAUAUAUCGCACCACGACCUUCCUAGAGUUGAAGCAGAAGUUUAUUUAAUAAAGCCGAAAGAUAACAAUAUUAAUUCAGACGUCGGAAAUACAUUAAAACCACGAAGUUUUGCGCUAGAUUAUAUCUUGAACACGGUUCGACAAGAGGUUGAAUUUGGAAAAACAAAAAUAGCGAAAGAAUCACCAAAGAGCAAAAGUGACGAAAAACUGUACGCGAAAUAUGAACACACUGACGAUUUGAUAUCUUUAAAACAAAGUCAGUCUAAAAUUAUACCUUUAAGCAGAGGUAUGGCUAAAAAAAGUCAGAGUGGAUACAAAUUAACUGAAACCAAGUCAGUCGAAGACCGUAGUAUAAUGGCUAAAGUAGAAGAUAUUAAAGAUUAUGAAGAUCGGAUACGAUUUUUGACCAACAGCUUAGAAAUAACAGAGAAUGACUAUAAAAAAAGACUUGCAGCAAUAAAAUCACAAUAUGAUAGUAACAUUAAAAAUAUUAUUAAUGAACACAAUCAAGGGGUAAAGAAUAUACAAGGUCUCCACGAAGAAACAUUAAAAGAUAUAAUUAAAAUACAUGAAACCGAAAUUGAGAAUUUAAGAACAAUGAGCUUAGAAGCCAAUCGGAGAUCUGAAAAAUUAGAUAAAGAAAACCGUUUAUUAAAAACAAAACUUAACGAAAAUUCUACGACGAUCUUUGAUGAGGAACCAGUUAAAAUUCCUUCAGACUUGAAAAAAGGUAGGAAAUCACGUUAUGAUUCGAAAACGCUAACUAAAACCAAUAUCGUUUCCUGUAACGUGAAGCCAAAGAUAAAAUCCUGUGGGCCAUGCACAUGUUCUGUAGAUGUCAAUAUAUCUGAUACAAUUAAAAAUAUCUUCGAGCAAGUUGAUGUAAAGCAAAGGAAAAUGGCAGAACACACUUACAUGAAGUAUAUUGCCAAUAAAAUUCUUAGUGGCAACGUAGAUGCUUUGGAUGCUCAGGAAUUAUCGUUUCUUCAUUUAAAAGUAUGUCAUACAUGGAAAAUAAAAUUGAGCAAGGAAGAAGCCCUUCAAAAGCGCAUAAACAGUUUAGAAAGUGAAUUGAUAAAUAGACAACGUCAUGCGCAACAACAUAAAUUAGACCGAAAGGUGGAAGAGGAGAAACGCCGGUUGCAGGAGGUCAGAGAAGCGGUCUGUCGCAGUUCACCUGCAGACUCACGAACUGCGAGCCCGGAUUCUACUGAGGGACAUAUGACACAUGCUCCAAUUUUUACUCCUGAGGAAAAGAAUACUAAAGGAUUUCCUCCCUGGUAAGUUCUUCGAGACCUUUCGCAGUUAAAGAAUAAUUGUGUCAAUCACGAUAACAACUAACCAAUAUUACUUUCCAGCCUGCCAGCUAUCUACGCAAAAAUAUGUUUUCUCUAGCGAUGUAAAAGAAGGAAGACAGACUUACCCAUUUAUAAAAUUAGUUUGUAAAUUAGUCUGAAAUCAUUUUGCGAUCAAGUUAAACACCAUUUCCUUUCCAGAUCAUGAAUUGUUAUCAUAAUUUUCAAUUUCUUUAUUUUUUUUUUAUUUUAUAUAUCCAUUAUACUUCCUUUAUAUUCCUUAUUUAAGAUAUAUUUCUUCCACAUGUUGCACCCAUUACCCCAUAUUAUUUAUUAUCUGUUUUCCUCCAUAGGUUGCCUGGAAGAUAUUGCUAUGUAGCAAUAAGGCCGCCUUUUUGUAUACUGAUUUUUUUUCUUUUCUUUUCUCAAACUGUGUAAUUUGUAACUCGUGUGUACAAUAAAGUAUAUUAUUAUAUAUAUACUAAAGUUUGUUAUCUGUAGGUGCGUUUGCAAUACUGGAUUUUGCGGAAUCGACAUCAACGAGCGACGUUCUGCCGGAGACUUAAUGCAUCCAAUUGUAAGCGCUAGUGUACGUCCAAAACGUACUCGGACGGAAAGUAAUCGGGUUAGUAACUACAUAUUACAAUACUUAUUUCUUGCACGCGCACUACUCAUUAAAUAAUUUUUAAUGCUUCUCACCUAGUUGCACAAACGUCCUUAGGUGUAAUGAAGACUUUAAGCUCUAAUGAGUGUUCUAAAUUUGUAAAUUAAUAUUAGUAAUGUUGAUUUAAACUAAUGACAAUUGUAUGGGCGUUUGUGCAACUGGAUAUUUGUCAUGAGUUUUUUUUUAUUAUUACUUAUUGCUAUCGGUACGUUUGUUUGAAAUUAUGCUUUUAAUUAUUCUAAGAUGACCAAUCCCGAUCUAGUGAACAUGGAACCCGGUAAUAAUUCGACACGUCUGUAAAAUAUAAUCAUUUUUCAAAAAUAAACAUGAUAAAAAUCAUAGAAGUUGUAUAAAUAAUGGUAGUUCUAAUUUUGGUACUUUUCGAUUUUCAACUUCAACUAUCUAGCUAUUAAAAUUCAUCAGAUACAACCUGGUGACGGACAAACGUACGGACGGACAGUAGAGUCUCAAUAAUAGAGUCCUUUUUUACCCUUUGGGUAUGGAACCCAAAUAAGUACAGUCGACAGCACGUCAAGUUAUACAAGACUGUCAAAUUACCCCACUCGAUUUUAAACCUUAGUACAUUGAAGGUGGAGGCCAAAAUUCAUCAUAGAAAUUGACACAUUGUGGUACAGCCGUGUGUACAUAACACUAAAAAUAUUUCAGGCAGUCUUAGCGAAAAUGGACGUCGAGGAAAAGAAAGAGCGUAGUCUCUAUCAUGACGACCCUCCAACGAGGUUACGACGCAGCCACGACAGGCAGUUGCCGCGUCAUCAAAAAAAGUAA